UGACGUUAAACUGAUGACUUCACACAUUAAUAUAUUUCUGCCCCUUACACAAGCGCUCUAUAAAAUCUUGUCUGGCUGUGGCAUUUAUCCUGCCCUGUUCUCAGUCAUAGCAAUGAAGACUAUUGUGUUUGCUUUACUGGUGGUGGCUGUGGCUGCCAGUACAGAUGAUGGAAAAAUCAUUGGCGGUUUUGAAUGCCCACCUCACUCCCAGCCCUGGCAGGCGUAUCUCACCUAUGAUGAUGGAAGACGCUUGCCUUGUUCAGCAUCUUUGAUUAAUGAAUACUGGCUCGUGUCAGCUGCUCAAUGUUACAUUACAGCUUCUCGUCUUGUUGUGCAUCUGGGAGAGCACAACCUCUUGAGUGAUGAAGGCACAGAGCAGCAAAGCUUCGUAGAAAAGGCAAUUCAACACCCAAAUUUUAAUAAUGUGUAUUAUAACAAUGACAUCAUGCUGAUCAAGCUGAGAACGCCUGCUGUAUUCAACAACUAUGUGAAGCCAAUCCCUCUGGCGACCAGCUGCUCUUAUAAAGGAGCGAAAUGCUUGGUUUCUGGAUGGGGCGAUGAUGGAGAAAACUAUAGAUCCAGGCUGCAGUGUUUGAAUUUGCCUGUAAUCUCAUGGGAAGAGUGUGAAGCUUUUUAUAGGCCGUCACUUACAACUAACAUGUUCUGUGCUGGAGACUUAAAAGAAGGCAAAGCAUGUCAGGGCGACCCUGGUGGACCUUUUGUAUGCAAUGGGAAACUUCAAGGAGUUGUUUCCUGGGCCUAUAGUUGUGCUUCACCAAGUAAUCCUGGGGUUUAUGUUGAGGUGUGCCAUUACAUUGACUGGAUCAACGACAUAAUGGAAUUGAACACUGAUGACUUCACACACAUCAAUAUAUUUCUGCCCCUUGCACAAGCACUCUAUAAAAUCUUGUCUGGCUGUGGCAUUUAUCCUGCCCUGUUCUCAGUCAUAGCAAUGAAGACUCUUGUGUUUGCUUUACUGGUGGUGGCUGUGGCUGCCAGGACAGAGAAUGAAAAAAUCUUUGGCGGUUUUGAAUGCGCACCUCACUCCCAGCCCUGGCAGGCGUAUCUCACCUAUGAUGAUGGUAGACGCUGGCCUUGUUCAGCAUCUUUGAUUAAUGAAUACUGGCUCGUGUCAGCUGCUCACUGUUACAUUACAGCUUCUCGUCUUGUUGUGCACCUGGGAGAGCACAACCUCUUGAGUGAUGAAGGCACAGAGCAGCAAAGCUUCGUAGACAAGGCAAUUCAACACCCAAAUUAUAAUAAUGUGUAUUAUAACAAUGACAUCAUGCUGAUCAAGCUGAGAACGCCUGUUGUAUUCAACAACUAUGUGAAGCCAAUCCCUCUGGCGACCAGCUGCUCUUAUACUGGAGAGAAAUGCUUGGCUUCUGGAUGGGGCGAUGAUGGAGUUAACUAUAGAUCCAGGCUGCAGUGUUUAAAUUUGCCUGUAAUCUCAUGGGAAGAGUGUGAAGCUUUUUAUAGGCCGUCACUUACAACUAACAUGUUCUGUGCUGGAGACUUAAAAGAAGGCAAAGCAUGUCAGGGUGAUUCUGGUGGACCUUUGGUAUGCAAUGGGAAACUUCAAGGAGUUGUUACAUGGGGCUAUAAUAGUUGUACUUCAAGUAAUCCUGGAAUUUAUGUUGAGGUGUGCCGCUACAUUGACUGGAUCAACGACAUAUUGGAAUUGAACUAA